UUUAUCCGUUCGGUCGUGUCCGGUGUGUCUCCACACCUUAGGAAAAAAAAACUUUUAUUAUUUUGUUCUGAAAGUCUGCAGCAAAAUUCAAACACCCAAAUGAAACUUGAAUAUUUUGCACCAUUGAAGAAAGGAAGAGAAGCCGUUUGUAGAAAAGCAGUCUCCGUUUUUCCCAGAGUGCAUUUUACACCGUUCAUUGUGUACUUUUUUUGUGCGCUGAAGAGAGAUUUUCCUCCCGUCAUCGUCGAGUUUUCCCGUUUUUCUCUGUUUUUCCACACCGUGGUGUGAUGCACACAAAGCGUUUUCCACGCCACACCAGUAAAAGAAGAAAAAAGUGAUGUAAAAAAACAAAAUUGACGACGAGUUUUUUCCUUCAUUUUCCUGCAAGAAAAAGAAAAGAGGCAGUCUCGAGGAAAAGCGAUUUUCUUUUGUUCACCGUGAGCGAUAUUCCUUUAUUACUUUUUGAGGCCAUUGGAGGACACACAGCUGAGGAGCAGGAAAAAAAUCGAGCCAGAAUACAAAAAAAAGUUGAGAGUGUGAUUCAGCGAGAAAAAAGACCUUCUAACAAUCAACAAGAGUGCGAGAGAAAAAAUGUCCCAGAAAGCUUCAGGAAUAACGCGGAAAAUGGAUUUGGCACAAAAUCAGUACUAAAAAUGCGAAAUCGCAGCUCUGUAUGCAUUUGUAGAGCGGACUAAGUGCUAAUAAGCACUUUAACACGACGUGUACUUCUUUUUGGAGCCCUUGAAAAUGCAUCGUCAGUAAGGAGGAAAAUCCCCUUGUAUGUGUGCCACAAACUUUUGCUCACUGUUUGAAGAAAAGGAAAACCCAUUUUCCGACAUGGAUUAAAUUCGCUGUUUUCGAGGUGCAUCUCUGUGUGAUUAAUCGGUUCGGUUGAUCAAAGGUGGAAAAAUCAGAAAAAUGUAAACAGUUACGAAAAGAACUUCAGUUGAACACCUUUUUUGUUCAGUUUUUGAAGCGUUUCGAUCAUCAAAAGUAAAACAAGGAGACACACGGUUCGGACAAAGUUUUUGUGUUCAGUUUUUAAGUGUGAACAAUUUUUGAAGUGAAGACAAAAAUUAACCACUUUCGGAUACUCAAAGAAACACAUUUUGUAAAUAUAACCUACUCAAAAAAAUAUCAAGCAAAAAUAAUCGCUAAGUGUUUGUAACCAACUGUCAAAACUAGUAAACUUUGGCGUCAAAUAUUAUCAGUGUAACUCGUAACGUUUGGAAACACUAACCAAAAUAUCUAGAUUUAGAAGAAAAAAAAUAAAAAUUAAAAAAAAAUCGCAGCAUCAACAUAAUCAACACACAUCUCAAAACCCCCAGACAGACCGGCAAAAGUGUACGUGUGUGUGUGUCCAACGUUUAUGUACAAAACAAUUUCUCGUCUGUAUUAGAAGUGACGACGACGACGACGCGUGUUUGUGUCGUGUGUUGAUGCUGUUGUUAUUGUUGGUUUCGUUGAAAUCUCCCGCGCGCGCGGUGUGAAGAAGAACAACGACGACGGCGAAGGCUCUCUGGACAGAAUAUCGAUUUUCUGUUCGCUUGCAUGGUUUGAACUUUGCCAAGACGACGACGAAACAGCUGAUGAAUUAGGCAGGCCAAGUGCGUAGUCAAGUGCAGCAAGUAAAAAACUAUUGAAGAAGAAAACAACAUUGAAACCUUACUUGAUGAAACCAACCGUCGUCGCAGCUUUGUCGAAAAUGAACCCUCACUAAAUCGACUCGACUGGUGGCUCGUAGCUUGCUUCCCCCGGCCGGUGUUCAGGACUCACUUCAGAAUCUCGCCCUCCCGGCCAUGAGAUCGUUCUAGUAGAAUUUUCAAACUAGAUCUCGUUACACUCUGCAAAAUGGCCAUCAAUUUCUCCGCCUCGUUCGCGGCCUGUCUGGCGGCCGGCCUCAAGGUGCCCCGACAGAUCAUGUACUGCAUCUCGCAGGACACUCCGUACGUGCUGUACAAAGACUCCCAGGAAGCUGCCGAGCGAAUGGCCGGAGGGCAGUGGGGAGGUGGUGGCGGAGAAGUAUAUCCGGCGUUGCAGCAGCAGCACAUACCGAACCAUAACGGAGCUCAUCAGCAACAGCAGCAACUAGCCCAGCAGCAGCAACAGCAACAAGCUCCGCAACCUCAGCAACAAACUCCCAACAGUCCUCCGAACCAGGAGAGUAGACCCGGACAGCAACCGGGCGAACAAGCCAACGGCCAACUGCACAGUCCUGCCACAAGUCCAUACCCAAGGAACAACAGCAAUAACAACAACAACAACAACAAUCCUUCUACGACGGAAAUGGAGGAGGGUAUCAUCAAGGCUCAAACCAUGCAACAGCAAAACGUCCACCAGCAACAAAACGGACCACAACAAAUGCAAACCAAUGGUUCUCCACCGCAAAGCAAUGACCACCCGCACCAGCAACAGCAACAACAACAAUCCAACCAAUCUGCUCAACAAAACCAACCCGCUCAAGGAGGUCCCCCUCAACCCGCUGGCCAACAACAACAGCAGCAGCAACAGUGCUUCCCAGAACCACCCCAACCCGAACUGAGUUACUACGCCCAGCGCCACCACGGUCCGCAAGGCGCAAUGUUACCCCCGCCCGGAUUCACCCCGCUGCACCACUAUCUGAACAAGUCCGGCGUGCUGUCGGGAAUGCCCGCCGGCAUGGAGCAAGGUAACCCGCUGGAACAGUACGCCACCAUGCCGGACUUACUUCACGGGAACCAGGUCCACCACGGGAGUUCCGCCGGACCGAACGGACCGCACCACAAAAGCUCCAAGGGCUCGGACCUGCGACUGUUCAAGUGUCUGACCUGCGGGAAGGACUUCAAGCAGAAGAGCACCCUGCUGCAGCACGAACGCAUUCACACCGACUCGCGGCCGUACGGUUGUCCCGCCGUCGAGUGCGGCAAACGGUUCCGCCAGCAGUCCCACCUGACGCAACACUUGCGCAUCCACGCGAACGAAAAACCCUUCGUGUGUCCGUUCUGCCAGCGGGCCUUCCGGCAGCGGGCCAUCCUUAACCAGCACAUCCGAAUUCACUCAGGUGAUAAACCGUUCGGCUGUCCGUAUCCGGAAUGUGGCAAAAAAUUCCGUCAAAAGGCCAUUUUGAAUCAGCACGUGCGCACCCACCAAGACGUUUCUCCGCACCUGAUCUUUAAGAAUGGUCCACACGCCACCCUCUGGCCCCAGGACGUCCCCUACCCACCGGAACAGGAAGGUCAGCCCAAGGACGAGCAAACGUUCGGCGACGAAGCCACGUCCCAGGGCGGAACGCCCGAAUCACGAGCCUGCUUCUCGCCCGAGGGCGGCCUCCAGUACCCAUCGUACUUCAAAGACUCCAAGGGCGGCGGCGUCAACCACUCGAUCUUCGGCAACAAUCUGCCCUACCUGAACAACAAGCCAUCGGCCAACGGCAAGACCAUGCUACCGGACGUAAUCCAGCACGGUCGGUCCGCCGGCAUGCCGCUGUACGUGCGCUGUCCGAUCUGCCAGAAAGAGUUCAAGCAGAAGAGCACCCUGCUCCAGCACGGUUGCAUCCACAUCGAGUCGCGGCCCUACCCGUGUCCGGAGUGCGGCAAGCGGUUCCGCCAGCAGUCCCACCUGACCCAGCACCUGCGCAUCCACACCAACGAGAAGCCGUUCGGGUGUCCGUACUGUCCGCGGUUCUUCCGGCAGCGGACGAUACUGAACCAGCACAUUCGCAUCCAUACCGGCGAGAAGCCGUACAAAUGUGGCCAGUGUGGCAAGGACUUCCGGCAGAAGGCCAUCCUGGAUCAGCACACGCGGACGCACCAGGUAGGUGAUCGUCCGUUCUGCUGCCCAAUGCCCAACUGCCGGCGCCGUUUCGGCACCGAACAGGAAGUCAAGAAGCACAUCGAUAAUCACAUGAACCCGCAUUCGUCGAAAUCUCGAAAAUCGGCCACAAUGGCUGCGGCGUUGAAUAAUAAUAAUAACAACAACAACAACAACAAUAAUAAUAAUAACAAUAACCAUAACAACAACAACAACAACAACAGCGCCCUGGAGCAAAAAGUCUCCCCGAACUUCCUGAUCGACAACAAGCAGAACAAUCUGAUCCAGCGGAUGGCCGGCCCAGUCAAGCACGAGCUGUACUUCCCCCAGUGCUACGGACCGCCCUUCAACCAACCGUUCAUAACGGGUGCGGCGGCCGCCGUCGUAGCAGCAAACCAACAGCCGACGGCCAACGGUGGACCACCUGCCCCUCCGCAGCCGAUUGCGGCCACCGCACCGGGAACUACCGCGGUGAAUCCCCAGCAGCCCAGCGUGACCUCAGCAGUUCCACCGUCGGUCACAGCGGUCAUAACAGCGCCCGCGCCUCAAGCCGUCGUGGCCCAGUGACAUCCGCUGGAGGGACAGCAAAUGCCGCCAGCUCAGCCGGCUGCGCCGCAAACGCUUCAGCCAGCGACGUCCAUCGGACCACCGGCACUGAUUGCGAUCCAUCAAUAGGUGGUUACGGUUGGAAUCUUUUGGGAAAAAAGGCAUCUCAAACACACUGCGGUUUCUAUAAGCUAAUGAUAAACCAGUAACGAACCAUAUGGGAAUGAUACAACAGAAAUACUGAUGAGCAAUUACAGUACUAAGAAGUUUGCGCAAAUUUUUCACCUUCCGAUUGAAAGAUUGAAGCAUAUGAUGACAUGAAGCGUGGAAGGAGACGUAAAUUGUGAUAUUCAUUUGAUGACAUACAAAUGUGGUGAUAUUUUGAGUCAAGCGAUUAAAUUUUCAAGUUGGUUAACCAUGCGCCUCCACUAAAUCAUUACGACAUGUAAGUUUUAAUGGUGACGCUUGGUUGAUGGUAAAUGAUUUAUGAUUUAUUCUUGCUUGAAAUUAAUUUUGUUUUGUUCUGUAAUUUCAAAAUUUAAAGGUUUUCCUUAGAAUUUCAAAAUUACUUGUACCGUCAUCCGGGGUUACCGGGAACCGUGGUGUAGGGGUAAGCGUGGUUGCCUCUCACCCAGUCGGCCUGGUUUCGAUCCCAGACGGUCCCGGUGGCAUUUUUCGAGACGAGAUUUGUCUGACGACGCUUUCCGUCGGACG